AUGUCCGACGAGCUCCCACCUUAUACCCCUCAAGCCCUCACGGACAUCCUUCCCAUCUACCACCCGGCAAACACCAACCACCACAUCAGCAUCUACACUCUGCACCAAACAGCACCUGACACCCUUGUCCUCACUCUCCGUGACCACCCUUCUGAGUCAGCCACCGCCUACACCUCUACCCUCCCCGUCUGCAAAAUCCGUACCAACAAGACCGGCGGCUUCAUGAACCGCAAGCCACAUGUCAUCAUUACCACUGGCGAAUGUGACGAAAGCCUCAAUCGGCCACUGGCGGAGGGAAGAUUUGACAUACAUGGGACCGGGACGACGAUAUCGUAUUCACACUUGCCGAACAUGCAAAUGAUCCAGAGGCUGGAGCUCGAGGAUUCCCUGUCGCAAAGGCUGAGAACGACGAUCUGGGGACAUGAACAUUGGUGGACGCCGAAUCCGGGCAACAAAGGAGUGUUGGAACUCACAAACGAGAUGGAUGAGAUCGUGGCGAGGUUCGUGCAUACGGUUCCCGUGUCGCAGAUGACAGGUUCUGGUAAGAGAGGCAGUACCGGAAGGAAGAAGGAGGCAAGAGAAGAGCUGGGAGACCUUCACAUCGUUGAUGCAUUGGCAGAAGGUGGGAGGGAAGAAGUGAUAUGUAGCGCUCUGGUCGUGGUGGAGAGGGCGAAGAGGAGGGCCAAUAACAUCAGCUGUACUGGGAUAGGGAAGACUGCACCGGCGUGGAGUAUGAGUGCUGGGCCGCCGGGUGGAUUUAUCUGA